GCCAUAUAUAAAAAGGCGUCCGUUUUUUCCCUUUAGUCACUUCAUUCGCUGCAGCAACUCGAAAAAAAACGGCCAAAAUGUUGAAAGUAGCCAUUGCUUGUGCUCUCCUCUUCGUCGCCGUCUCGGCCACACCCUACAGGGAUUGCGGAUCGACCGCCGCACUGACCGCUGUGCGUGUCCCGGGUUGCAAUGCCUUGCCUUGCAUCGUCUACCGUGGAACUAACGUGACCGUCGAGUACGACUUCACAGCUGUUGAUCCAUCCACCACACUGACGACCGAUGUUAAAGGCGUCAUCAGCGGAGCAACUCUCCCUUGGCCCGGUCAGUUCCCUCCUGCUUGCGAAGAUGUGAAAGUUGGUGAUUGCCCAGUGGCCGUGGCCGAACCUAUUACCAUGGCAACUGUUCUGGUCUUAUCCCCUGCCUUCCCUUCGGUGAACGCAAAGGCAAUCUGGACCCUCCGUAAUGAUAACGACGGUCCUAUCGUCUGCUUCGAAGUUACUGUCACUCUUUUGUAAAUUUUGUAUCUCUGCAAACAAAAUUGUGGAUUUAAAAAAACUAAAAUGCAAAUCAAUAAAUCACCGUGAAAUUAAAUACUCAGUAAUGAGUGCUAUUUUACUAGCAAACUACACUUAAAUAUAUAAUUGCGAGGCUUGAUGGUAAUUCAAUUUUAAAAAGAACAAUUUCCUUUUGUUUUUCUUUCGUGCUAUUGACAUUGAAUGAUUUUCUCGGUUUUCCCAUUUAGCGCGUGUUAGGGGCGUCACGUCGUCACGAAAUUAUCUCUGUUUCUCUCUUUGAAAUGGAAUCAACUUUCGCGGAUUUUCCAUUGCGUAAUCUCAGUAUAGGUCAAUGGUUGGUCAUAGAUUAUCAGAGAAUGAACUGAUGACUAGCAGAAUAAACGCUUCGCCAAUGGAAAAGAUCGAAUUCAUAGCAGUUUUCUGGUCAAUCCACACAUAUAAAAGCAAUGAUGAAAACUGAGCAUGAAUGUCAGUCACUUGGUUUUAAGCGCUGUUCUUCCGUCUUCCAUUUCUGUCUCGAUUAAAUCCAGUUGAUUGUGUGAUUGACAUUUUCACGAUGGGCUCAUCGAUGAAGUUAUUCACUUUGACGUUUGUACUGCUCGCCUUAAUCGAGCUGGGCUUUGGACUUAUUUGUAGUAAUCCAGAAGCUUAUAAAAAUACCUUUGUAGCUGAUCCUAAAGGUAAACAAAAAGGCGAAUGCGUAUCCUUUUAUAAGACGUGUUCGAAAGAUCCUCGUAAUACUACGUUAUGGAGAAAAGGAGUACAAGUGAAAAAUAAUAAAAAUAUACCAUACGGUACGGGAAUAGCAACUUUCACCAAUGGAGAUCUUUACGUCGGGAGUAAAUGUGGCAGACCACUUCCUUGUGGUCACGUUGCGAUUUAUGUUGGCCAGAAUUCACAGGGGAUCCAAGUCUGGGAUCAAUGGAAAAGUAGACCUGUUAGCAAUCGUACAAUUUUCUUUGAUGGCCGCCGCACCAGCAGUAAUGAUGGAAAUCAAUUCUAUGUCAUCAACUAAACUGAUUUCCAUUAAGAUGUCUAAACCCAAGCCGACGAAAAUGUUGCAGACCAUUUAUCUUCUUGUAGUCGUUUUACCUAGCUGAACUCGGGAAUCCAAAGGGUAGUGCAUUAGUGCAAUGUCUGUCAUCUUACCUGCUUAUGUAGUGUUAAAGAAUAUAAUACAUAUGAUAGAGCAUUGAA